AUGUCUAAGCAAGGAGACGACUGCUACUUCUAUUUCUAUUCCACCUGUAACAAGGGAGACAGCUGUUCCUUCCGCCACUGUGAGGCUGCUCUGGGCAAUGAGAGAGUGUGCAGGCUGUGGCGGGAGGGUCGCUGUUUCAGGACUAGCUGCAGGUUCAGACACAUGGAAGUCGAAAAAAAACGCAGUGAGAUUCCUUGCUACUGGGAGAAUCAACCAGCUGGCUGUCAAAAAUCCAACUGUGCGUUCCGUCACACGAAAGGACGUUAUGUCGACGGACGCUUCUUCCCGCCAAGCAAAACUACGCUUCCAAGUCCCCCUGAGUCUGCAGAAGAUGCUGUGAAAAUGGCUCAGGCGUCACUGCAGCAAAACAAACUUUCUGUCCAGUCAAAUCCCUCUCCGCAGCUGAGGGGGGUGAUGAUAGUGGAAAACUCUGAAAAGGUCCCAAGUCCUACGCAUCCUCCAGUUGUAAUCAAUGCUGCAGAUGAUGAUGAAGAUGGGUACUUUUUACUUCCUGAAGACCAGCUUUCUGAAGAAGGAGGUGAAACUAAAACAGUUGUCCAGCAACCGGCAACAGAAGCCCCUAGUGGAUCGCGGAUAAUUUCCACUAGGAAAUGCAGCGGUAAUACAAAGCAAGAGGACAAUUUAAAUUUUGGAAUAAAAACACUUGAAGAAAUCAAAUUGGAGAAACUAAAGGAAAAAACAAAAAAG